CACCAUGCAAAUCAAUGGAUGCUCUCUCUAUGCCACGAGGAUCUGCUCCCACCACCUGAGACCAGCCCCGUAUGAAACCCCACUGUUUGUUUACCUGUUUCUGUCAACAGGCUUUAAGCUCUUUCCCCCUCACGUAAAUGUUUGCCCCUCUAAGCACACACCUGUGUGCAACAUAAAUGCUGAUGUUUGCCCAGAGAGCACCUCAGCAUCUCUUCUGGAGACAGCUCAAGUCAAAUGUUAAUUAAGCCAUUGAGAACAUGAACAUUCAGGUGGAGGACAUCAGGAUCCGGCCCAUCCUCGCCACCUAUCGCAAGCGGGUGCCCGUCACGGAGGGUUACGUGGAGGUGAAAGAUGAAGGGACCUGGAAGCAGAUCUGCGACAAGCACUGGACCAUGAAGAAUUCCCGAGUCGUCUGUGGCAUGUUUGGGUUUCCGAGCGAGAGGAAAUACAACACCAAGGUCUACAAGAUGUUUGCCAGCAGAAGGAAGCAGCAUUACUGGGCUUACUCCAUGGACUGCACUGGGAACGAGGCGCACAUCUCCAGCUGCAAACUGGGCAACCACCUCAACGUGGACACGGAGAAGAAUGCAACGUGUGACAACGGGAUGCCCGCAGUGGCCAGCUGUGUCCCUGGCCGUGCCUUUGCCCCCAGCAGCCACAGUGGCUUCCGAAAAGCCUUCAGGCAGGAGCAACCUCUGGUGAGGCUGAAAGGAGGAGCCAACACCGGCGAAGGCCGAGUGGAAGUGCUGAAGAAUGGGGAGUGGGGCACAGUGUGCGAUGACAACUGGAACCUGGUGUCGGCCAGCGUGGUGUGCCGGGAGCUGGGCUUCGGCAGCGCCAAGGAGGCAAUAACGGGGGCAAGACUGGGGCAAGGCAUGGGUCCAAUCCAUCUAAACGAAAUCGACUGUACAGGAUUUGAGAAAUCCCUCACAGACUGCAAGUUCAACAUGGAGUCGCAGGGCUGUAACCACGAGGAAGAUGCUGCUGUGAGAUGCAACGUUCCCGCGAUGGGUUUCCAGAACCAGCUGCGCCUGGUUGGUGGUCGCAACCCAUACGAGGGCCGGGUGGAGGUGCUGGCGGAACGCAAUGGCACGCUGCGUUGGGGCACGGUCUGCAGCCAGGGAUGGAGCACCGUGGAGGCCAUGGUGGUGUGCAGGCAGCUGGGGCUGGGCUUUGCCAGCCAUGCCUUCCAGGAAACCUGGUACUGGCAUGGAGAUGUCAGUGCUGACAGCGUGGUCAUGAGUGGGGUCAAGUGCUCGGGGACGGAGAUGUCCCUGGCCCACUGUCGUCAUGAUGGAGCUGACGUCUCCUGUCCUAGAGGAGGAGGUCGCUUUGGUGCUGGCGUGUCCUGCUCGGAGACUGCCCCUGACCUGGUGCUCAAUGCCGAACUGGUGGAGCAGACUGCCUACCUGGAGGACCGCCCCAUGUUCAUGCUGCAGUGUGCACAGGAGGAGAACUGCUUGGCCAGCUCUGCCGUCAACACCUCCGUCACCUCCGGGUACCGCCGCCUGCUCCGCUUCUCCUCCCAGAUCCACAACAAUGGGCAGUCAGAUUUCCGCCCCAAAAAUGGUCGCCACGCUUGGGUCUGGCAUGACUGCCAUCGGCAUUACCACAGCAUGGAGGUCUUCACCCACUAUGACCUACUGAACCUCAAUGGAACCAAAGUAGCUGAAGGACACAAAGCCAGCUUCUGUCUGGAAGACACCGAAUGUGAAGCAGAUGUGCAAAAACAGUACGAAUGUGCCAAUUUUGGGGAACAAGGGAUCACUGUUGGCUGCUGGGAUGUGUACCGACACGACAUUGACUGCCAAUGGAUCGACAUCACCGACGUCCCACCAGGAGAUUACCUCUUCCAGGUCGUCAUCAACCCCAACUAUGAAGUGGCUGAAUCUGACUACUCCAACAACGUGAUGAAAUGCCGGAGUCGGUACGACGGGCAGCGCAUCUGGAUGUACAACUGCCACACAGGUGGCUCCUUCAGCGACGAAACAGAACAGAAGUUCGACCACUUCAGUGGACUCACAAAUAACAAAGUGUCCACCCGAUAGAGCAGCACUGCCUCCCAUCCCACUAUUUAAAGAAGCGAGGCUUCCCGCUGCGGUGAUUCCCCCAACCACUGCGCCAAGAGAAAAGAAAUCAAGCAAUCAAACUCUAAAUUAGCAAGGUAAAUUAUUUUCUAAAGCUGCCUUCCUUCCCGGUGUAAAUGCUUGGAUCACCUCUUGUAAUUCCCAUCCCCACUGCUGAGGAUGUUGGGAGCAGGCUUUCAAACUCUACUGGGCUCCAACCUACCCCACCAGGACUUCUCCCUCCGUUUUGCAGGACCAUCUUUAUGUGUGUGCACAGCUCCGGGCUGCAGUGAGCACAGUUUGCCUUUGGUUGGGUAUCAACAACCUCAAUGGGUCUUUACCAUUCAUUUUCUUCAAAUUUCGGUACUUUUAAGCUCAAGCUGAAGCACCAUCGACGCAUCCUCUUCCAUUUGUGAUGGUGCUUAUCCUCAGCACUGCUGCCACUGCUCCAUUUUAGCAAAGAAACACGGGAAAGAAAACAAGCAAACAAACAAAAAUCGAAGCGUUCUUUCUGAGCAGAACAGUCUAAAGCAUAAUUUAAUACUGCAACCAAACUCUUGCAUUCAACAACCGACUCCCGGAACCACCCCUUCAAUGGAGCAGUGAAUGGAGCAGAACUCUGCCUACAUCCGCAGCAGAGCUCCACCACCACCCAGCAGCCACGAUGGAUCCACAGGAUUGUUGCUUCCCCACUGCACAGUAAGCAAUUCACCCAACAGCCCCCCACAUCCAUCUACACGUUACCUUCUAAGCUGGAUAUUCACUCUGUCUUUCGAAGGAUGAGUUUAGUUAAGGCAUUGUAUCCCUGUACCUUACAGAGGUAACUUCGUGGCUUGCAUCGCUGGGGAUGCGCUGACCGCCUGCCUACGUUGGCUUUGAGGAUCUCUUCUUUACACUUAGUCAGUUCACAAUGGUGCUAAGUGUGCUCCUCUGUUUGUUUGAGGACAUACGUUGCUACAGGUUUUCCGACACGCCUACUUGAAUAAAACGUUUCACCCGGAGAAAAAAAAAAAAAAUAAAAGAAAAUGCUUUUAAAUCCUACUUUAUAUUCCUACUCCACGACAGUUUAGGGCCUUGUUCACAAUUCCUGGUGCUGAAGUUUCCUUCCCCCUCUGUGUUUGUACAGAAGGCUUCUACACGCAGCUAGAGCUAAUGGGAUAAUGCCAAUUAACCAUCUCAACCCACAGGGAUCAACCCACAAACCUACCUCACAGGGAUGUUGUGAGGCUUAAAAGGUUCUUGCUAAUGCCUACUGGAGUAUUUCUUGUAGCCAAGAUGGUGACACAGAGGAGAGGUUUUCAGCCUACUGGAAGUUGGGAAACUCCAUUUUGUUCUCCAGAUGCAGGACAGUGCAGCUAAAGCAGAGCCUGGGGGAUGCUCCAUUGCUGCUGCUGCAACUCAAGGUGUCUCUUGGAGCACCCCACGCCAUCGGGCUCUGUGCAAGUUGAACUACUGUUGAGUUCUGGUUUGCUUCUCCUAACGAACAAAUAACUUUGCUUUCUAACAGAGCAACGCAGGCAGGCUUCUUUUAAAUGAGGAAAAAGAAAAAAAAAACCCUGAACCUCAAUGCCUACCACUACUGGGGGAUAUUUUAACAACCAUAUGACAACAGAGUAAACACUGAACAGUUUUCAACUCCUACAGAUGCUCUGCUCCGACCAACUGCUGGCCAGCGAGAUGCCCUUCCCUCACCCUGGUGCACUCCUAACAACUCCUCGUGGGCUUUAACACGAAGUAACACUUCCUUACGUGCUGCAGAGAGUACAGAUGCUUUGGAACAGAGCAGGGCACGGUGUCCUCCAGCACGAAGAGCAAUCUGCAGGGCUCUGGAGCUCAACCUCUCAUUCAACUUUUUUCCCUUCUCAAUUCAGAAAGCAAAGAGAACGUCCCCAUGGCAACUCACUGUUCUGCAUGCAGUUUAAUAUCACAGCCAUGCUCGUCUACACAUGGGUUUUUUUUUGAGUGGAGAUGGUUCACUCCUCCUGGUCCAAACCUUCUGGCAGGAGCCCUUCAGGGCCAGAGCCACACUGCUGCUGGUGCUUCAGCCCCAAGGCUCUGGUCACCAACCUCCUUGCCACCACCGUGUCAGUCUGGGGUCUCUCUUUGGCAAGCUGAAGGAGUUCUGGGUGAAAAAGGGUGAAAAUGGUUAAGCUGGAGGGCGGUCAGGAGCUGUCUUAUGGCUUAACUGUAGGACACAAGCGUCUAUUUUCUGAGUUCCUUUGGGAUGAGCAUUACUAUGAGCAAAUCAUCCCACCCCUACAGAGCAAGUUGUUGGUUCUUUUGGAAAGGCUUUCCUCCAGGUUUUCUACGAUAGCUUUUGUGCAACAGUGACAAUAUUUGGAUGUAAAGCAGCUCUGGUCCUCCACUGGUCCAUCAUAGUUGGACCUGAUGGUCUCAGUGGUCUCCUUCCAACCUCAAUGAUUCUAUGGGGAUGGGUUGGUUGAGUCAACCUUAGAGGUCAUUUCCAACCCUAAUGCGUGUUAAUGGUCUUAUGAUUGUGCAGUGUUCCCCACUGGCUUUCAGGAACACUUUGCAGCUCCAGUCCCUUCUCUGAGAACAAAACGAAGGCACAAUCCAACCCACGGAGCCACACAGAGAGAGGUUUCAUCUCAGUAUCAGCUCACCAAAACCAACAGCCUCAAUCCUCAAAAAGCACCAAUGGAAAAAUAGCAGUUGUUUUUUUUUUUAAUUGCUAAACCUAUCAGAUGCUUUAGGAAAAAAACUGGCCAGGAGGGAGCAGUGAACUCCAGUUCCUGGUGCACAUCUGGCUUGCUACAGUUUCAUCCUCAAUAAAGCAAUACACCAGAACCUUACUAAAUCCAAACUAAUCUGGAUUUGGCUGCUAUCUGAUCAUUUAUCAGCAACUGUUUGCAAAUUAUUAUCCAGUUACCCACGUGGGCUUUGCUUGCUUUUUCAGAAGUGUUAUUCCUAAAGGCAGCCUAGCAGCAGCUUAAGGAAAAAGGGGCAGGCUCAGAGCAUCACAGCUUGGACAAUGGAACUGCCAAUCUUCCUUCAAAAAGCUGUUAAAAAAAUCAUCAUAAUUAAAAAAAAAAAGGCACUGUCAGCUAAUUGAGAUCCAAGCCUGCACUUGGAAAUAAACAGCACUUAAAGUCAGUGCAAGGUUUGUAUGUGGAUGGAGCUUAUAACCCGAUUCCCACUCGUGCCAAUAGGGUACAUAUGGGGAAUCUGAAUGAGAACAGGUGAGAAGUGUGAAAGCAAACCACUUCUUUCACGUUUAAUUGAGCUCAGGAACUUCUAACUGUGACAGUGUCCCUUUGAAUCAUUCAUACUGACAUCCGUUUCAGUGCAGUGACAGCACAGCUGUACCUUCAUCAGUCUCUCUGCUACAAGAUUCAUGGCAUUUCUUUACUGUGGCAAGUAUACCUGAUUACAGUAUGAUUUUAAAAGGCAAUCAACUAAAUAAACCAAUGUUAAUGGCUAAGCUUAACCAUUUCCUCUUCACCUGAUACUGAAUAAAAUUAUGCCAACCACGAAA